GUACAGAAGACUUCACGCUAACUGGCUCUGACGGCUUCACCACCUGCAGCACUUCUAUCAGUUGAGCAUCAUGUCGAAGAAUAACAUGUUAUUUGUUCUCAUCUGCUGCCUCUGUGUAAAGACAAAACCUCUAAAUGCAAAGACGUUGCCUGAACAGGAAACCGUCCCUCCGAAAGCUUCAGAUGUGGAUUCUGGGAGGCCUUCUCAGCAGGAAGCUACUACGGCUCCCUAUCUUGCCCUUGAAGAUGCCAUGAAGUCUCAGAAUAUCUCCAGCCAGGCUGUCGAGGAGAAAACCACAAACAUCUCACUGAAGUCCUCCAGUUCCUCUGCUCUGUCCGUUCUCUUCAGAAUCCCCCUGAGCUCGUCUCCAGACUCUGUUGACGACAUGUACUACGGCUGCUCCGAGAAGAUGCUCAUCAAGGUGAAACGUCAGUUCCUCCCCAGAAGCACCAGGGAAGGUCUACGCAGCACAUACACAACACUUUGUGCAGUUAAAGCCAUGAAGAAUAAGGACGCCUAUGAUCUGCUGUCCUGGGAUCACUUCAGGGCUCUGUGUGCCUACACAGCGGGGGCCUACGACGACCUAAACCGAGCCGUCCGCAAGGGCAAGACCUCCUACAAAACCUCGUUUGAAUUUCACGCCCUGCACUUCCUGCUGUCUGACGCCAUCAGGCUCCUGAAGCUCAACCAAAGGAGCUGCUACACCACGUACCGCAGAAGCAAACUGGUCUUCAGCGGGGAACCUGGGCAAAUCAUCCGCUUCGGCUCCUUCGCUUCCAGCUCCCUCAACGAGGACUUGCACCAGUUUGGACGGAGGACCUGCUUUGAGAUUCGCACAUGUUACGGCGCCUACCUCAAGUCCUACUCAGAGUUCGACUCGGACGAGGAUGAAGUUCUGAUUCCUCCGUAUGAGAUGUUCAAUAUCGUCUCGGUUGACAAUUCAGGAGAGAAUCAUUUGAACUGUGAUAAUUACUACCAGCUGGAGACUGCUGGGGUUUACAGCAGUCUCAACUGCCAGGCUGUGGACCUUUAAAAGAUAACGCCUGUAACACUAUAACUUAAAGUCAUUUUUGUAACUACUGUCAUUAUAAUCUGCAGUCCACAUGUCAACACAUUUACUAUGUUUCACUGUAAAUUCAUUAAAGC